CGUCAUCCGUUACACGUCAGAGGGCUGUUUUGAAGCUAUCGUUCAUUGUGCGAUCCUAUUAUAUGGCGGACUUGCAGGCGGCAUCAAGCCUCAGUGCGGCGUGUAAGCCCGUCUUGGCUGAGGAUAUAGUUCUGACUGAACAUAAUGAAGACGAGAGGAUGGAGCGGUGGCACUCUCGACUACGCGCGUUCUACUGGGCACACGACCCUCGCAAAGUCGAUCGCGUUGAGGAGAUCCUGGCUAACCAUCGAGUGCGUGUUGCUGGAAUUUUACAGCAAUUAAAGGAUAAUAACAAUGCUGAAUAAUGACAGGGCAAAGAGGAGGAGUUUCUGCAGCGGGUGCAUCGCGAGUUUGGUGUCCGUGACUUCGGCGGUGAAGAAGCAAUCGACGACAUCUACGAACACCAGCGCUAUUCAUACCUGAGCUUCUCGUGGGGAUCCUCAUUUCCAGGCCACCUUCUUCCAACGGACCGUCAUCAGUGGAGUGGACUGCAUGGUUCACCGUCUAGCCAGUCCCGCGCGAAAGUGGAACCUCAAGUGCCUGUGAGCUGGAUAUGGACAAGUGGUUGGGUCGUCGACAAAACCUCGUGCAGAUGUGAUGCAGACGGAUGGGUCUAUGCUUUGGACUUUACCAUGAUCAACUACUUGAUCAAGAAAGGUGAAGAGCGCAGUGAGCCAAAUGCAACAGACUAUGUGCGACGAAGACGGUGGGUACGGACUCGACGUCGCGUGCUGAAUAAUAUUCCGCCGGUUGUGUUACCAGAAACUACUACCAACGUUAACGAAGCCCAGUCUCGCAGAUGUGAUGAAGGAGAAAACACCGUGCAAUGGGUUGUUGAUAGCAACGAAGAAAUCUCUCCACCAUCUCCCAAUAAGAAUGACGUGGCUGAAAAUUCUAUCCCAGAACAGCUUGACAAGUCAAGCGUUGCUGAACAACCAGCGUCACCUAAAAAGCCGACACUGGCACCGCGUAUUGAGCUGGAAUACUAUUCGAUGAAUAUGGACAAGUCUGCAUACGAUGCAGCGUGGAAACUAGCUGUGAAAGAUCUAGAGGAAGUGUACACGCGGGCAAAAGAGCAGCGGGCGAAGAAGAAGCAGAAGUGGGGAGUCAAGAAGGAGAAAUUGAAGCGACAGAUGCAUCUACUUGAGAAGACGAUCGUGUCGAUGCAAGCGGUUGCUCUGGAAGAAGAGCAAAAGCGACAGCAAGAAAGAGCACCGUUGCCAGGGAGUCCACGGAACAAGAAGCAAGGUGCAAUACCCUCACCGACAAGUAAAGCUUCUCCUAUUGCUACUUCGAUGGAUAGCCCAACAAAUGCGAUCAAUCUGGCCGCAAGAAUGCAUUGCGCACAGUCAAAACUUGAUGCGCUGCGUCGAUUCUACUGGCAUCCACGCGAGAAUGGCUACUCCCUGCGCUUCAGCAUUGACGGGAUAUUUUACGGACUUCGCGACUUCUUCGUUGAAAGCUUCAAUAGCUCAUACUCUAUUCAAAUUACUCACCAGACGAAUGGAGCGCAAGGAAUUACUCCUACGUGUAAAAUAACGAUGAAAGGCCAUACAGUCUGCUGCGGAAAACACGUCAAGGUUGUCGGUGAGAAAGGAACGCGUAUCCCGAAAUCGAUUUGGGACAGCAUGUACAUGGACUCGGACUUUGAAGCCUCGAUUAACCUCAUCUACGUGGAAGAUAUUGACGAUGACAGCGCAGUGGGUCAAGGCAGAUGGGAGUUUCUCUUCUCGCCAGAAGCUACGUAUGUUGAGCUUAUCAACUUCACAAGACGCGUCAAAGGUGGCAUGGAUUUACCCGAACCGAUGGUCCGCAAGCUUUGCUCUGAUGUGCUGAGCUCUCUUAUUCGGGACUUGACAUUGCUGUACUUCCCGUAUGAAUUGGCGCUAGCUUUCAAUUUGCCUCCAGCCAAGCUGGACGUCAAAGGUGAAAUCAAGAUAACAGGCCAGUCUAUUGAUCAUGUUAUGGAGAAAGAACUCAAGGAGCUGGACUUAAAUACGAUUCGAGAAGAACAAGCAAAGCAAAAGCUUUGCAAACAAACAAGUGGUGCUAAUGGAGGUGACGGAGGAUCGAUACCUCCUUUGAGUCCGAUUAAGGAUGCUGCAUCGGCUGCUGCACAAAUGUUCUCGUCUUUGCUGACUGGUUCGAACAAGGAAUUGCAAACGAUUGCAGAGUUAUUGCAAUUAUCUCCCCCGCAGUUCAAUUUGCUGAUCGCUCUCAAGCACAGUGGACUGUUUCCAGCUACGUACAGUUUCCACUCACUCGCGUCGAUAUGUUUGUACUACAACGCUUUCUCGGUCGAUGAAGAAACGGUUGAGUCGAAAGAAGAGAAUGACAGGAAAACGCAAGGCGAGAGGCUACGUACAGCUUGGAAGCGCGUUCUUGAAUUAGUCUUCAUCAAGAAAAUGCAGCCAGGUAUCCUACCACCGAAAACUCAGUCGCCUAAGAAGAGAUCGUCACUUGAGAAUGCUACGGCGGUAAAGCAGAUCCAACUCGAGCUGUUUGAUAUCGACAAGUUUUUCGAUACGAUCAAGCGUUUGUCGAAGAAACCAGCGAGUGUACAAGUCUCGGUGAAGCAUUUCUAUUCAACCCUCAAUGCUCUCAGCGUCGUCGAGGCUUUGACCAAGCUGUACGAGCGCAUUGUACUCGGUAUCGACUAUAGUAAGCCACGCACAGGAGCGGAUGGUUUCAUUUACGGUAUUCGCCUUGGACGUAAGGCUACGGUCCACCCGGCGAUGGCGAUGGCAGCCGCGGCAGCCGCUGCAUCAGCUGCAGUAAACACUAGCGACGAAAUGUGUCCUGUGGGCUCACCUCCAGUGCUUGACUUGAGACGAUACCGUCCAGCAGAAGUCUCAUUCCAAACAAAAGUUCAUGCAUUCAGUAAAUUCUGGCAAACAUUGAAGAAGGUGAUUGAGUUUGUCAGAGAAAAUGUCGACGAUGUGAGUGCUGAACUUGCUGGAAACGUGAAGGGAACCGGUAAAGAUUGUGUGCUCAAUGGGUCGUUUAAGGAUGCCGACUACCGUGGACCUUUAAGCAUGGGACUCGCCGUGCCUCCGUGUUUCCUCGGCUUUUACCGCGCUGAAAUGGUUCCGUUGGGGAACAAUCGAGUUGGAAUGCAGAUCGACGCCAUGCUUCCGUCAACUUCUGCCAACGCUGCGACUGGAGGCAAGCAACAAACUGUCAAAGCAUUGGAACCAGUUGGCCGGUUCAUGCUCGCGGACUUAUCCAGUGAAGUUCUCUUAGACCUGGACGCACUGAUAACACGCGAAGAAGAGCUUCGAGAACAAGCCUUGGCAGCAGCUAAAAAGAAGAAAUUGGCGUCUCCUCGAUCACCCAAACAGCUCAACUCAACAGGAACUAUCUCCAAGAAACUAAACCAGCAUUGCGCGUUGAGCUUCUCCUUUGGCCCCAGUAAUACUGAUAACGAGGAUACCGUCCUUUCAACUAAACCCUUGGGCCAGCUCAACGUACGCACCAGUGAGUUCACCAAGCUCCAUACCACAGCGAAGGCAGGCUCUUUCAUGCUACGUCUCCUGUCAAUUGCCGAUUAUCUGCUCACACAGUACGUGCAACCUCACAUCAUGAAAGCAUUCCCACAACACCAGGUGCUGUUCGACACUGCCAAGAGGAACAUAAUGGCACUGCUACAGUCGCCAAAGCUCGAGAUGGACUUCGAUAUCAUGGCACGAGCGUUUAUUCAUGAAGACGAGAGUCUCAUGGUCACUUGUUGCGGGUCACCACUGCAUCCGACUCCGAUGACGUUCAAGGAUGAAGUGAACUUGCUUGACAUUAUCCUGCAAGUGGAUGAUCUGGUGAAUAUCUGGAUCGACGAUCGGUAUCCACCGUACUCGAAUCCGCUUUACUUCUAAAUGACAAGACAGGAAAGAAAGAAAUGGAUCACCCAUGAAAAGUGUUCAUUCCGAUAAAUACAUGAAAAACUGCUCUUCUCGUCCUUCUCCUACUGCGUACAAACUCAUCGGCGUGAGUAGUGCGUCUGCAAUGACGAUCAGCGUGUUCAGCCCAU